CUUAAAUAGCUCGCUAACGACUGGAUAGCUGCUGAUCUCUUUUGCAGUUCUAUAAACCAGCUAAACCCCCCCGGACCCCGCCAUCGAUCUAUGAUUGACUGGCCUCCCCUCUCUCCUAGCCCUGAACUUCACCUAUCACCAACCCUGUAUUGUCUCUGAUCCAUCCCUAGCCAAUAUUCAGACCUGAAGCUCCCCCUCUCUCUCACUGCUUAGUUCCAACCCUACCCGUCCAACCAUGUCGUCUGCAUACCACGCUUCCUCAACCCAAGCGGCCAUCUCUGCCGAAGACGAGUUCGCUGCACAUAACUACCAUCCGCUCCCUGUCGUCUUUGCUCGUGCAUCCGGAGUGUCGGUCUGGGACCCUGAAGGGCGUCACUACCUUGAUUUCCUCUCCGCCUACUCUGCCGUCAACCAAGGACAUUGCCACCCAGAGCUGGUCAAGGCUCUGUGUGAGCAAGCAGCAACUCUAACUCUCAGCUCUCGGGCCUUCUACAAUGAUGUCUUCCCCAGAUUUGCAGAAUUCGUCACGAACUACUUUGGCUAUGAUAUGGUUCUCCCGAUGAACACGGGCGCCGAAGCCGUGGAAACUGCUAUCAAAAUCGCCAGAAAGUGGGGCUAUAAGGUCAAAGGAAUCCCUCAGAAUGAAGCCAUUGUGUUGAGUGUUGAAAACAAUUUCCAUGGCCGGACUUUUGCUGCCAUUUCCAUGUCCACGGACCCUGAGUCCAGAGACAACUACGGACCUUACUUACCAAACAUUGGAAGUAAAAUCCCUGGAACAGAUAAACCCAUCACAUACAACGACAAGCAAGCGUUGCGUGAGGCCUUCGAGGCCGCUGGCCCUAAGAUCGCCGCUUUCUUGGUGGAGCCAAUCCAAGGUGAAGCCGGCAUUGUGGUCCCCGACGAAGACUACCUUCAGGAAGCCCGUGCUCUCUGCGACAAACACAAUGCUCUCCUCAUUUGCGACGAAAUCCAAACAGGUAUUGCUAGAACAGGAAAACUGCUUUGCCAGGAAUGGAGCGGAAUCAGGGGAGACUUGGUCCUCCUCGGCAAAGCAAUUUCAGGAGGAAUGUACCCCGUCUCAUGCGUCCUGGGGCACAAAGAUGUUAUGCUUACGAUUGAACCUGGCACACACGGCUCGACAUAUGGUGGCAACCCAUUGGGCUGUGCAGUUGCUUAUCGAGCACUGGAGGUUAUUCGUGAUGAGAAGAUGACCGAGCGUGCCGAGAAAUUUGGUAAAAUAUUCCGAGAUGGUCUCAAUGCCCUCAACAACCCCAUCAUCCAAACGGUCCGUGGCCGUGGCCUGUUGAAUGCUAUUGUUGUCGACGAGUCCAAGACGGGAGGCCGCACUGCCUGGGAUCUGUGCAUGAUUAUGAAAGAAAAGGGCUUAUUGGCUAAACCAACUCAUCAAAACAUCAUUCGGUUUGCACCACCAUUGGUGAUCACCGAUGAGCAGAUGAAACAGGCUCUAAGCAUCAUUGAGGAGUCCUUGAAAGAGCUCAAAGCCUGAAAGAAAUAAAUAUUCUCUGAUGCCCAAAGGGAAUAGCAAACAUUAUUGGUUCCAGUAUACUAUACUUGUUGUUUGGAUAGGAUUGGGAUUUCUUUGGCCAAUGAAUGAUGUUCAUGAAAUAUAAUGAUAUACAUGCCCCAA